UCAGAGAGAUGGGGGAAAAGUUCCGAGACUUUUAGGUACGUGCAAGUGCGGCAGCGGGACGCGCCUCUGCCGGCCGUCGCGGCGAACUCACCGUUAUUUGCAGCCUCACUGGCUCGCCGGGUUCUGCUUGCUGCUGCUGCUGCUGCUGCUGCUUCUGCUUCGCCGCCUCAUGAAGAAGGUGGAACUCUGAUCCGAGAGUUUGACUUUUUCCCUGCGGCGCGGUAAGCCCCUGCCGAACGCCCUCUCGGAACGGGCUGUACCAACGCCACGGCGUCAACUCUCUGGCAAUCAUUGCUCCAACCUGCCAUGGCACUCUGCGCCGCCGCCUCGUGCUAAAGAAGGUGCCUUCUCUCGCCAUGCCUGCCUGACGGUCAACGAGCGCUUGGAUAUCCGGAGCGGUGUGUUGUUGAGCGUCGAUUAAAUUGGCACCAGCCUUGAAGGAGCAUCCAUGAUCGCCCGCCUGUUUUCCCAUCGCGGCAUAUGCUUGGAGAACAGGAGCCAGAACGCUCUCUUCCUUCGCUCCAAGGCCAGGGCUUCCACCUUUCCUGUUGGUACGUCCAUGGUCCUUUGUAUUUCACUCAUGGCGGUGUUCUUUCAAACUAGCCACAAAAUCAUUGGUAAUCGACUGGUCAGAGCGAGUCCAAUAAAGACGACGUCUACCCCAAGCCCGACUUCUUCUGUCGGAGACGCUUUAACCUCGAACACAACGCUCGCAUCGACUCGAGCCGCACCCUCACCCGCACUCCCCGCCCCCAGCACGGCACCAAUGGCCGCUCUUUCGGCGGUCCUACUUUUUCGGCCCUUCAGUCUCUACGUUCGACGUUGGACUUGGGGAUUGCCUCAAAAGGCACAGUUGGACCGCUGGGCCGCGGUCCAUCUGACCAGACCCCGAGCUUGAGGGGGGCAGGUCGGCUUUGCGGAAUUGCGUCCGGUGGACGCGCUUCGUCUUCGACGAAUUGCCGAGGAGCUUCCCCGGGCGGGCUACCCCAUCCAGGCGCCUUUCGGCCCGAGUGCCCUUGC